GCCCAGCGCUGAUCAGUUUCCUCUUUUUUUUCGGUAGCGUAUUGAUUUGUCUGAUUGUAGUUUUCUUCUUGCGUUUGCAGCAAGAGAAGCGUCGUAUUGGCGGUAUUGGUUUUGGAGGAGGAGAUGUGAACCAGAACAGCCGUUUCCAUGGUCGCGUCCGUUGUUGGUUCGGCACUUGGAUGUUAGCACUGAUCUACUGUUUUUUCGGGUAUAACCAAAUCUUGAUGGUUUUACUCUGCUACACCAUUAUGAACGCGCGUGAGCUGCACACCUUCUUGGACUUCUUAGCGCAAUUACCGUUCGGGAACCCGAAAUUGCUACCAAUUACGAACGGCUUUUUCGGCUUGAACCUAUGUGCCAGUCACGCAGAUUUUGAGCAUCCCAAGGACGUUUCGCCGGACAAUGGAGAAACCUUCACGAAAAUCCACUUUUGGCCUGACGAGCCUGCGUCCUGCGGUUCGAGUGGAGAAAUCUCCAGCGAUACGCACGCUUACUUUCGUCACCUCCAAGUGAUGAACAUCUAUUGGGGAGUGGCCUUAUUCACCUUGAUGUUGUGGCUACGAUACGGAAAAGUGCUGAAGAAUAUGCUGUGCUACAAACCAGGAAGUUUGAAGGAAUGCACGAAUGUUCUCAUUGGUAGUGGAGGUAUUGAACCUGGUGGAAGUGGCGAAUCUUCUUCCGUUCUUGAUACGACCACAACUGUGGACAAAAAGAUGACGCUCUCGCAACUGUGGAAGUUUUACCUCGAGGCUGAAUGUGUCGAAGUACAUCUUGUCCUCCACGAUCAAAGUGACGACCAAAGUGCUCACAAGGCUAAGGUCCGCUACUUGGUUCACGACAGCACCAGGUUCGUGUACAGUACUGAAACUGAAACGUUCGUUGAUCCGCAGAGCUAUCCUAAAGGCGGC